GUCGACCACGUAUCAACUCAUUCAUGGCGGCUGCUGGUCUUGUAGGAGGUGUGUGGUCUUCUCGUCCGUGUGUGUUGGUUAAGGGAGGACGCCAUAGGUUCCUAGGAGGCGUUCACAGCGAAGAGCUCCUUCGAUGGAGUCUUCUUUAGAGUUGUCCAACUCUUUGGGCAGCGUGUCGUCGCUGCUCGUCCGCCAUCGAACAUUCAAAGUUUUGGUAAUCGGAGAUUCUGCGGUGGGGAAGACGUGCCUCACUCACCGACUCUGUGCCGCCGACUUCCCCCGCGGCGCCGAGGCCACCAUCGGCGUGGACUUCCGAGAGAGACUCCUCGACUUGGACGGAGAGAAAAUUAAGCUCCAGUUGUGGGACACGGCGGGACAAGAGCGCUUCCGCAAGUCCAUGGUGCAACACUUCUACCGCAACGUGCAUGCGGUUCUCUUCGUGUACGACGUGACCUGCACCGCCAGCUUCAGCAGCCUUUCUGCGUGGGUGGAAGAGUGCAGGCAGAACUCCCUCGGCCAGGAAGUCCCCAGGUUCCUGGUGGGGAACAAAAGCGACCUCCGUGAUGUGGUGGAGGCUGACGGCCAAGUCAAUCAGGAAGAAGCGGUGUGCUUUGCCAAGGCCAACAACAUGAUGUUUUUUGAGACCUCCGCCAAAAUGACGGCAACGAGGCAACGAGAUGCUGGGGAGUUGCCUCGUCAGCACGAUGCGGUGGAAGACAUUGUCAACGCCAUCGGCGCCAGAUUGAAGAGGGCCAGCGCGGCGCCCAUGCCGAGGUACAGCGGCUCUUUUAAAGUCUUCAACAAAACAACGGAAGAGAAACAAGUCUGGACUUGCUGCUGAAAAGAAGGUGAAAGAAUGAGACCGUGGUACCCGCUUAAUGAAUAUUUCAUUUGAGACCUAUCACUCCAACACAACUUGUUUAUACAAAAUGUUUACUUUUCUGUCAUAUAUGCCACCUUUUAUCUACAAAUAUUAUUUGUGAACUUGUUAUAUAAGUAUGUACACAUUCUUGUUUACCCGCCGGUUUGUCUAUAAUUUGUCACUGUAUUUGAAAUUAAUAAAUGAGAGGAGACGACACAAGUUCAGUUAAA